AUGUCGUCGUCUUCGCCUCACGAGCCUCCGCGUGUGCUCUUUCCACAGGAGUGCUCUCAUGACACCCACUACAUGAGUCACAAAGGGGACCUCUACACAGCCCUCAUCACGGGAGGAAGCAGACUGUUGCUGCUGAAGAACGGCGUAGUACUAGCGCAAAGUGGCUCUCUGUUUGAUGGGACGGCGGAAGCGGCUGCAGACGCGACGUUCAGUACUGCGACCACAACUACCGUAGCGGCUGCCACCACGACCUCAAGACCCGCAACAGACUGCAGGCCAAGAAAGCUCGCUCGUACAUUGCCAACUUUGGUGUCGCACGUGUGUGCAGUGUCGGUGUAUUACUCUACUGAUGACAUGCUGCGCGUUGCUGUCGCCACGACAGCGGAAGUGUUUCUGUUUGAGUUCGAUGAUGCUGGGGAGCAGUGGUACAACACCUGUGCAUCUUCGUUUUGGCGAACAGCGGAGGGCAACAACGCCGAGGGCACCGGCGAGACACCGCCACCAUCCUCUGGCGCCGCGUCGUCGGGCACGGCUGGGCGUUCACCGAGUCGACACGCGUCUAUGCACAGCCCCAACGACCGUUUUCAAACAUCGAAUGUGUCUUCUUCGUCCGCCGCGGCGAGGAUCUCUGGCCCCACCACGAGCGCCGCGCAACUAACGCAGAGACAGCGUGGCAUGACAGGGCGGCUGCGGUGGAGGCGGGUGGUGUUCCCCUUGAGCGCGACGUUGUCGCCCACUCGCCCUGGAUUGACCGAGUCCAACACCAGUUCCUUCUUGAGUACCUCAUACCGUGGCGCCACGCCCACUGCGGCAGGCACCAGUCUUGGAGGCGCCACUGCCGCUGCUGUUGUGCCAGUGCGGAUACCUGCCCCCGCACGUCCCUCCGCUGUGCAGACGAUCGAUUUUGUGUCCGUCAACACGCUGUGCGUGGUGUUCGAUGCAGAGGCGGUGCUGAUCGUGCUCGGCAACAGCGAUGGCGCGUUGACGUCUUCCUCUGCCGCAGGUAGUGGCGCAGCUGCAGCGCAACUGCCGGAUCGCGUAGUGUGGCGCUCCAUGGGAGCCUACCGUAGCCUCGCCGUGUGCCGUGUGAAUCACCAUGUUGCCCUCGCAGUAGGUCACGCUACGAUCGUCGUCUUUCCCUCUCGUGUCUUCCCUGCGGAUGGUCAUGUGCCCAUGUUGUCCCCUGCGUCGCCGAACGUGGUGGGUGAGCGCUGCUUCAGUACUGCCACGUCUACAGCCGCCCCCUUCCUCUUCGCUACCAACCCUGCAUCGGGAGGCAUACACGCUGCCGCGCCGGAUGAGGAUCGUAACUUUAGCGCCGUGCGAACGUCGGGCUUCUGGCCAACGCCACACCCAGCUCCGGUCGGUGGGUUUCCUGGACCAGCAGGCGAACUUGCAACGCCUCCUGGGGCGUCCGUGUCGCCCGCUGCUGGUGCGUACAUGACGCUGGCAGACCGCGCGCUCACCACCUCGGUCGGCAUCUACCACAUCACUGAGAUGCGGUGGCACUGUGUCUCGUCGCAUACGCUCCUGUGCGUCACAUGUACCCACCCACAGGACGAGACGGCAUAUAUGAUGCUGUACACCGUGCAGUCGCUGGCGAGCACGCGGCGGUACACCAAUGUCAUGAAAGAGCACGCAGAUGGCGGGUGGGGGCUGUGCGGAGACGAUUACGAGGGAGAGGGGCUAGGCAUCGCUGGCACAGGCGUACACUUACCUGACAGGAGCGCCGAGAACAUUUUGCAGCUGGUUCCCGCCGGUGUGCUUGCGCUAACGCAUGCCGGAUCUUCGCCGAUGGCCGGGCCGCCCGCGCACCUGCUCGCCAGCAACACCGCUGCAUCCUUCGUUGGCAACUCAGCAUCUUCCAUGUCCGCAGCUGAUACGCCGCAGCACCAUCCAUUGCUACAGCCCGAGACGCCUGACGUUGCCGCGCUCUCUGACAGUACACCGACCGAGACGACAUGGGGAGGGGCGCAGCCGCCGCUCAUUUCUGAGACGCACACGAGCCUUGUGCCGAAUUUCUCACACUCUGCGGAGGCCAACUCGUUGAGGAGCCGCAUGGAGUUUAUGCACGUCGAGUGUGACGGCACCGUGCGGACGUCGAGUUACUCGUUUGGGCUACAGAAGCACGCGAGUUUCGCCAAGCAGCGCGCGAUUGGCCUGGCGUGUAAGGGGCUGCUGCAGCCUCUCCUGCGCCUUUACAGCACCCUGAUGAAGGUUACGGUGCUCCCAACGUGGCGUACACGCGCCAUCGAACUUGGGCACGACUCCAGCAAGCAUCCAUGCGCAGUGGAGCUUAUGCUCCGCGGGUCGCGGCGGUAUCGGAUGAUCCUGCGUUUCACAAGUGGUGUGGUGCUAGCGGUGGUGGUGGAUCUCUCCGCUGCCAUGUAUCGGGUGGAGUGCUUCCUGGCUUUGGGCUGCGCGCCGUUGUUGUCGCUGCGGACCGUGGUGCCUCUAGCAGCAGACGAAAAGAGGCAGCAACAGCAGUCACCCGCUUGGAGCCGAGCAGGCUCAUCAACGAUCCUUAUCGCUGGCCUGCUCGGCUUCCCCACAACUGCGCUGCCGCUCCCAGCCAGGUCGCCACGGCACCUGCUCAACGAGUCCCCAUCGUUUCUGGAAGCGCGGGGAGUGGGCCCUGAGGACUGGGAGGCCGCAGAGCGGGCUGGCGGCGUUGCCCUGGUCGACACAGUAGCCGGAUCGAGCACUGACUCUGCCUCUUCGCACAAUGUUGUUCGCGCUGCUGCCGGCCCCGUAGCGACUGGGAUGCCUCCUCGGACAGUGUGGGGUGUGGUGCUGCUGCAGGUAGAGCCCUCUGGUAUGCAGGCGCGCGUGCUUACGGUGGCGCCAGUCACCGAGGUCCACAUCCCUGGUGUCUCGGUGGUAGGUGCUCAAGAUGGGAGCGGCGGCGGCAGUGGUGCGCAAGACACGUGCCAGCAGACGAGUACGCAGACAACUCCGAGUGCGGCUACCACGCCAGCGAGGGAUGUGCCGUCGAUGUCACUGAAGGCCGCCUUGAUUACUAAGACAGCGAGCUGCGCGGCGCCGGUGACGGAGGCCGACGUCGUCUCCUUCAUGGCUCUCAAGUGUCCCGACAAACUUCGCUUCAUGCCAGCGCUGCUGAAGGCAGCUGAGCAGGAUGCGGGUCGUUUGCUAACGCAACUCAUCGCCAAGUACGGGGCUGUGGGGGAGAGUGCUGAAGCUGUUAACGCCGCCCAGGCGCCAAAGAAGGGACUAACGGCAGACGACGGAGAGGCUGAAGCGGUGCCGAUAGUGUCCCACCCCCAGACAGUUGUGCGUGGCCCGUCUAUGCUGAGCAGCGGUUGCAUUGGUCUCGGAGGUGAGGUGCUCCUGCUGGCUUGCACGAACGCGUUCUGCGGCGACAACUGCGGGAGAGGCGAGAGCGGUGGUGCUGCGGCGCUGAUCCGACUCCGUCCGCCAUGCCUCGAGGCAUUGGCCCCGGUGCACCACUUCGUGGCUGCCGGCGGCUGUUACAUCCCUUUCGAGCCCAUCGUGGCCGAGUAUGUGCCUGUCCUUGCGGAAGUGCAGCCGCUGGUGCCUGCUUCAAUGCCCUCGACGAGGGAAGCUACGCCACCAAAUCGCUUGGAGGGCUUCGUGCAGGAUAUUCGAGAAGCUUUAGACGCCUGCCAGCGCGCUUCAGCGUCUGCGGAGGGGGCAGCGGUGGUGCGGUGCGAGGUUGUGCCAGGGUCUUUCGGGACCGCGUACGUCCACGUGCACAGCCCUCUGUCGCCUGACACGGACGAGGCUGGUGGGCCGACUGCCCUGCAGCGUCUUCUGUUGCCCUCGACGAUAGACCCGAAGAGCAUCACGUGCGUGAUGGGUGACCUGCUGGCGAACAAUGAUGUUGUGAUCGGUGUGCUCUGUCGCACCUCAGAGGGCAACAGUGGCACCUCCGUCUUGUAUCUCUACGGCUGCCCAGCUGUUCAGUCGCUCGCCGCGCUUGGGGAAGCCGCAGCUGCCGCCUCAGCGAAGCCGAGCGACAACAGUGGCGUGGCGGCGGCCUCGCUUGCUUCAGGCUCUUCUGUGUUUACCCUCGAGGCAGCGCUUCCCGGAGUGGAGGUCUUCUACCUCAGCGCAAGUGGCGAGGUUGUGCUGCUGCGACGGUGGCCGGUUCAGGUGGGUGCGGCAACAUCCUCAGUGGAGAGCGCGACCACGCACGGGAUGCGGUUCGAGCGCUGGCUGCGCUGCUUCCCCAAAGCGAGCGGCAGCGGGUAUUUUUAUGUUCAGGACCGCACUUGGUGUCCGCCGUGCGGCACCGCCGGUGGGCUGCUCGGAAUCGGUGGCCGUCAUUCGGCAGUCGCGCCGGAAACGCUGACAGCGCUCAUGACCCUGGAGAUGAGUGGGGCGUGGGUGGCGAACACCGUGGGUCUCUCGGCAAGAGACGCGGCCCAGCUGGGUGGCAGUCGCAUGUCUACCCGCCACGUACUCUAUGCGACUACCAGCAAUGCUUUCAUUCAAGUUCUCCAACUCCCGUUGCGCAGCAGUGGCACCACAGCGAGUGCUUCGCACCGCUCAUCCGCUCCCGCCAGCGGAGAGGCAGCGAUGCCGCAGUAUCAUCCCGAUUCUAUCAUGCAACUGAUCGCCAUGGCGCGAUGGACUGUGCUGACGAAGGUGUUGACAUGCGUCGCAGACGCAGUGAGAGCGGUGGUUGCGUCGGUGAGAGCCGGCGGAGCAGCCCCGACUGUGGAUGGCUCAUCGAGUGUGACAGUGUUCGAUCAGCCCCCCGAGGAGCUGGCGCGACGGCUGUGCACCUCGGCUGUGGCACGCGGCCUUCAGGACCGUCCGCAGGUGGUGCAGCACGACGAGGUGCUGCGCCGUGUAACUCCGCCGCAGAUGUCUGUGGCAACGCUUCACGAGGAAGAGAUGCAGGUCAACGCGACGGCGCCCGCGCCGUCUUCCUCGGUGCCUUGUACGACGGCAGCUGCCCGCCUGUAUGACUUAAGCGCCACCCGUGACAGGCUCUUUGACGAACUCACCCAGCUCCUUCCACAAGUCACCCUGAGUGGACUGGAUAGCCACGAGCAACUGAAGCUGCUGUGCAUCCUGCAGGCUUUACGUGACACGCUGCCGCUGAGUCGCAGCGUCGACGAGGCAGCCGCGCGGCAUCUCUUCUACAGUCGCUACAUGAGCCUUGGAAGGCGCUUGCAACCGACGACUGCAGACACGCUAGCUGCUGUCGAGACCGACUCGUGCGCCAUCAUCGACUCCGUGCUGCACUUUGAAAUUGGUUGCACCGCCACGCGCACCGUCCCGACAGCGUCAUAUUUGUGGGCGGCCAUGUCUGACUCGCAAUCGACUCUUGUAUCGCUUCUGUUCGACAAGGCGAGUGUGGUGUACGUGGGCGGCGAUGCUGGCGGUUCGUUGACACAAGUCCUUACCUGGGAGCAGGUGAAGGUGUCUGGAGUGGCGUUUUGGCUGCGCUCUGCAGCUGAGUUGCGUGCCAUUGCGGACCGUGUCGCUCGCCAUCAGUAUCAGUCGACAAAGGAGCUGGCCGCAUGUGCGCUCAUGUACUGCACAGCUCGCAAGGUGAGCACCCUGGCAGCACUGGCCAAGGCUCAGAACAACCAGCGACUGCACGCCUUCUUUAGCCGUGACUUUGCAAGUGACGAGCGUCACCGCGCGGCUGCCUCAGCCAACGCGUACGCCGCCAUCAGCAAGAACAUGCCGCAGUACGGCGCGGCCUUUUUCUUGCUGGCGGGCGACGUCCGGAGUGCCGUGCAAGUGCUGCUGCAGCGGUGCCACGACCCCUCUUUGGCCCUGUUCGUGCUGCGAGCCGCAGACGACGGCCACGGGGAGCACUUGCUGACAGCGGAGACACCUCUGGAGUGGUACAUUGCGCAGCGUGCGGCGGAAGCAGAGGUGUGUGGUGCGCUGGACAUGUGGGAGCUGGCGUGCCUGAGUUGGCUCGACGUCGAUCCGCCGCAGGUGUCACCUGAGGCGACAGUACAGCGACGUAUCCGAGCACUGCAGUCCAUCAUGGUCCACCCUACCGCGCACCCCGAGGCCCUCUGUGCGCUGCGCUACGCCAGAGAUUGCGUAGCUUCUCUCGCUCAUCGCGGCGAUCAAUUUCUCUCCCCAGCUCGUGAGGUAGUGUGUCUGCUUCGACUCGGUCGCUACUGCUUGGCGCAUCGACUGAGUCUGAACACUUACUUGCACUACCACGACGCGGAGGCGCUGCUGCGGGGGCUGCGGGCGGAGGCGGCAGCGGCGCGCUCUGGCACACUGCGAAGCGCUAGGAGUGUAGGGGGUACGCCUUGCAAAGCACCGCCACAGACAGCGAAAAUGGUGGCGGACUUCAGCACCGGGACGCUUCUCUUUCGUGGAUUUGGAGGUGACAGCGACGACGACGACAAUGUGGACAACGGUGACGGUGGGGCUUCCGCGCAUGAACGGCAGGGGAAGCACUCUACUGUGGGCAACAGCGCUGCUGACGCCUCUUCUCCGGAGCUUACGCUGUCCAACGAGGCAGCCGCUGCGGCGGAGGCAGAGGUGCAGUACGCCUACGCCCGGAUUGGCGCUCUAGUACGGCCAGUCAGUGGCGCUGCAAGUGGUGUAGGCAUCACUGCGUACGCUGACACAUGCGAGGAUAUUCUGCGCCGCAUGCUGCUGAGCUCUACUUCCGGCUCGUCUUUGAUGAUGACACCGAGCGUCGCGGCUGCCGGCGGAGGUGGCGGGGCAGCGGAGAUCAUGUUUUCACCGUCGUUUGCCGCGUCCUCGUCAUCUUGUGAGUCGUCCUCAGUCCCGACCAACCCGCACGGACAAUUUCAGCAGCUGUUGACAUCGCUACUGCGUCUUUUAUCAGCUGGAGAAGUCAAGGCGCAGCGAGAAAGCUGCGCGGCGGCGGACACGCCAAGCGGCAGUAACGCCACCGAAAGCGAAAGGGCCAGAGCUUCCCAGCAUCGUCCAUCAGUGGCUGCACCGCCACAGACGCAGGCGACUGUAGUGCCGUCUUUGAGUAGCGCCACCCCUGCAGCUGAAGACGGGGGCUGGUGCGCCCUGUGCGUGCCUGUGCUUCACUUCCUCCUGAGCAAGGUGGCGCUACGUAGCGCCAACUACGUUGUACUGCUCGCCCUUCAGCAGAUCCCCGUCUCCACGGAAGGGGUGCUGAAGACUGCAAUACGGGCGAAGCUUCUCUCAGACGGCGGCGACACACUGUGCGGAGCCCGCGGCACUCUUUCCAGCGAUGCUGUUGACACAGCAGCGUCGUCGCUUUCUCUCCCCACGUCCCCGCUGCACCGUCCUCUCACAGCCUUUUUUCGCCUUCUCGAGCACCACGUGGGACGGCACUACCGUCACACGUGUGCUGCAGACGGCGGCCGUCUCGGUGGUAGACAGGGAGCCACGUCGCCGGGUCACCAGGUGGGAGCAAGCGGCGACAAGGGUCGCGCGUGGAGAGUGGCCAACGACGAUGAUGAUGAUGAGUUGACUGCGGAGAAUGAGGCGAUGCCCAGCAGCAGCAGCGGGGACGAUGGUGGGGCCCAUCAGAGCGUGUUUGAUGCGUUGCUCACUGCCUCCGCGGCAGCGGAGGAGGCGAACAGUCGUGCAGCGCGAGUGAACGAGGCGUCCUGCGCAGCAGGGGUGAACUGGAACCACCUUUGCUCAGGAGUCGAGUCCGAUGACACCUCCAGUGAUGCAGACGCACCUCAUAACUCGAUGCCGCUGUGCCUGACAGACUCGACUCAGGUGGCGCUGUUGCUCUCGUGUUGCCAGGCUCAGCUACACUUGCGGCUUAUGGUGCAUCUCAAACAGCUGACGCAGGCGGAGCUGCACGCGGCGUUGAUUACGCCGACCACACAGAGCCCCAUUGACACCAACAUCCUCCAUACCGACACGCUCUCCCCGGAGGCGCAGGCGGCGCUCAUGCAGCGUCGCGUACUCCUGUGCACGCUGCUCCUCGACGUGGCGUUGGAGUGGAGCGCGCUCUCGGAGGAGUGCAUGAUGCGCAUCUAUGCAGCGCAGCCGCAGUACGCGCCCGGUCCUUUGACGGACCCUAAUGGAGUUUUCCUAGAAGUGCAGCAAGUGGUGAGGCUGAUGCGGGCGGUGUUGGUGGCGGUGCUCGACGCCCCGCCGAGAAAUACGUUGGCCGCCGCUUCUCUGGCGAUGAUGAAGACCUCAGCUGCAGCCAAUUUUGGUUGUGACGGUGCUGCACGCUGCGCACCGUCCGAUCCCCUGACGCCGCCACCCGGGUUGUCCACCUCGUGGUUGGAGGACAACACACUAACUAUGCUGGAGCUGUGCUCGACUCACCUCGAGCUGUUCUGGACGCUACCGGCGCCGACACUGGCACAGUGCCGUCAGCUCGCAACGCCGACGCACGCGGUGCUGAAGCUGCUGCGGGAGUCUACUGCUUCGCACCCAUGGGCGCGUGCGCUGCUGGAGCGCAUGCUGCGUCCAGUGAGGGUAACGGCAGAUCCCCUGGUGGAGUGCAGUCGCCUCGCCAGCGCUGGCGCGGCUUUCAACAGCACCGCCUCCGGCUUGCAGAGCCUCUUCUCCGUCUUCUCAGCUGCAGCGACACCGGGCUCCUCGCUGCACAUGACACGGGGUGACUCUCCCUUAGCCCUUGACGUCUCACCGUGGCCGGGUGAUGAGCCACAGCAGUGCGAUGGCCACGCCAAUAUGUACUGUCCGGCGCUCUCGUACAUGCAACUGGCAUGGUUGCGACGGCACCACACGCAUGAACUGCUGCGGUGGCUGCUGCUCAUGGUGACACUGGAUUGCAGUCGGGGACACGGUCAGCGUCUUGUCAGCACCGAUCGCCUUAUUCUCGCUCACCACAGCCACAGUAUCACCGGCGUUCAUUUUGACGCCUCCAGCUGCGACAGCGUGGUGUGGACGACGGAGACCGGUACCUCAGUGGGCCACGGCUUCCGCGAGCUCCUCGCCGGGGACAACGAGGAGGCGCUGUGGAGGCAGACAACGGAGCGCAACUUGGCGACGGCCGCCUUCACGCUGGGGCUAACCGCCCAGCAGGAGCGGCUGCGCCUGGCGACGGAGCGCGCGAAGCAGCCGUACCCACCCGCUGUCGUCGCCGCGAUGGCAGCCAAAUCCGCCCUCGAGAGUCGACCGCGGUUUGGUGAGGCAGCCAACGCGAUGCCGUCUAGCCACCCGCACCUGCCGUUCUUUGUCUCUAGGCACCUCGACGGACACCUUGAUCUCUACCCCUUCGCGUCUGAGGAGUGCGUGGCGAGCUUCCGCUGUGCCGUGCAGCAUGGCCAAAGGACGGUUGGCAAUGGCGGCGGUGCCGGCGGCGCUUCCGUAUGGGGUGCGUGGGGCGCGACGGCACACAGCGCGCGGCGUGUCCCCUCUCUAGGUGACGCAGCCGGAUCCUCUUUUCGGUGCCGCGGCGAAUGCUACGCCGUCACCCCAGUUGCUUUCUCCCCCAACGGCCACAUCAUCGCCGUGGGCCUCUCCGACGGCUCCGUGGCUGGCUGGCGCUUUGCCGCGGCAGCAGUGGAGAGUCCCCCGGUUUUCUUCUUCCCGCAGCUGUUCACCCCCUUUGGUAUACGCACCUGCACAUUCUGUGGAGAUCGGAGCUCGCUGCUGGUGGUGGUCGGGGUGGCCAGGGAGCCGCACCAGUACCAGCGCAGCCAACUCGCCUCUCGCUUGACGUCUUUUGGCAUCGGUGCCGAUGCACGACUGUCUGAGAUCACCACGCCCUUGUUGGCCUCGCCCGCCGCAGCGCCUCCCGCCUCGGCAACCGUCACCUGGACCAGCACGGCUGCAAGCGUCGAUGCUGAAGAGGUGGUGGGCGAGAUGCUGAUCCUUGAUACCAUGCUGGACGACAGUGUUAUCACUGCGCGGUGUGCGCUGCCCUUCAUACCUUCCUAUGCUGUCUACAUGACGCCUCUGCGAGCGGUGCUGAUGGUGUCUGUGGACGGCAUGCUGGCCACAUACGCGGUAGGGACGGGCAGGCUAGCGGUGCUGGGCACAGUUCCUGUCACACGGAUGCUGCGGUGUGCGUUGGGGCCGUCGCUCGGCGCCGACGGUGGUGAUGCCGGCUCGGGUGCUGUGUCGUCUGCAAAGGGCACAUUGGAUAGUGACCCGGUGUACAUCACCUGUGUGGCGCGGAGCAGCUACGACCCGCUCAUUGGACUCGGUGUAUCCAACGGCCUCGUGCUGCUGCUGCACCUCCGCAGCAUCAGCGCGGCUAUGGCACGGGCAGAGCGGUGCAUCUGGGACGAGGGGGAAGACACUUUUGUGUACUACCCACCACAUACGGUUGCCGCUAGCGCCGAUGCAACCGGCAGCAGCAGCAGCCGCUGCAAGCGCACAGCUGCGCAGCAAACCAAGAGUGGCACGUCUACGUCUUCUGCAAGCGCGAUGGCGCGGAUGACGAGCGAGGUGCCCGCGCCGGCGACGGGUAGAGAGUUCCUAGCACGGCUCCCAGAAAAAACGCUGCUGGUCGAGGCAACGUGCAUGCAGGUGGCCCCGCACGUCCACGCUCGCAGCGGCAUCGAGGAUCUCGUGUUUAGCCCAUCGAUGCUGCUAGCUGGGCUGCGAGACGGCAAGGUGAUGGCGGCUUCGCUCAUCGCACACGCGGUUCGAGCGCGUCUCACGGAGGGCUGUACUAUCCCGAGCGAUAUACUGGAGUGCGCGUGA